UUCACUCCGUGAUCUUCAAUGGUCAUCAUCACUCACGCGCUACCGGCCCCACUGGCUCUUAAACCGGCUGUGUUCUAGACAACGACCAUCCGGAUUUCUAUUGGUCCUUUGGAAACUGCGUUCUCCUCAGCAGCCCAUGCACGGCUGCUGCAACACCUCCAUUCAGGUUUGAAGUAUCGGACAAUCAUCGCUGACUGGCUGCUGUCUGUUGAUCAGAUGUUGGGAGACAAGGCUCACGGUGUCACUUUGAAGGUUAUGGAAUACACUUAUGAUGAUGACCUGGAAGAGCUGUGUCCUGUGUGUGGGGACAAAGUGUCCGGUUACCACUACGGGCUGCUCACCUGCGAGAGCUGCAAGGGUUUCUUCAAGAGGACAGUUCAGAACAACAAGAGGUACACAUGUGCGGAAAACCAGGAGUGUAAAAUAGACAAAACCCAGAGGAAGAGAUGUCCCUUCUGUCGCUUCCAAAAGUGCCUCAACGUCGGGAUGCGGCUAGAAGCGGUGCGCGCAGACCGCAUGCGUGGGGGGAGGAAUAAAUUUGGCCCCAUGUACAAGAGAGACAGGGCCUUGAAGCAGCAGAAGAAGGCUUUGAUACGAUCCAACGGGUUCAAGCUGGAGAGCGCGGCUCCUCUGCCGGCCUCUCCUCUUCAGACUGACUACGGAUUCACCAGCACCCUGCACAGCCUGCCCACCAUCUCCAAAAGUCUGCUUCCCUCCACCCCGAGCUCCAUCACCCCUACAGAAUACGAGGCCAACCUCUAUGGACCCCCAACCCUGGGCAUGGCCAUGCAGUCCCACGUGCCCCUCACCUCUCAGUACCAGUACACAGCCUUCCCUGGCAGAGCCAUUAAAGCCGAAUGUCCUGACUACACCAGCUCCCCCGAGUCUCUGACAGGAUACCCCUACCCAGACAUGUACCCCUCGGCCUCGCCACAGCCGCCCAGCCUGCCGCCGCUGGUGUUGGAGCUGCUGCGCUGCGAUCCAGAUGAGCUGGUGGUGCAGAAUAAGAUCGUAGCUCAUCUGCAGCAGGAGCAGAGCGGCCGGGGCCGGCUGGACAAGCCCAGCACCUUCAGCCUCAUGUGUCGCAUGGCAGACCAGACUCUCUUCUCCAUUGUGGAGUGGGCUCGGAGCUGUAUCUUCUUCAAGGAGCUCAGGGUGGGAGAUCAAAUGAAGCUGCUCCAUAACUGCUGGUCUGAACUUCUGGUCCUGGAUCACAUCUUCAGACAAGUGCAACAUGGACAGGAAGACAGUAUCCUGCUGGUGACCGGCCAGGAGGUGGAGCUGUCUUUCAUCCUGUCCCAAGCUGAGGCGACUCUGUCCAGUCUGGUCCAGAGAGGUCAGGAGCUGGCGGCGAGGCUGCGGGCGCUGCAGUUGGACCGCAGAGAGAUUGCCUGUCUGAAAUUCCUCCUCCUGUUCAACCCCAAUGUGAAGCUGCUGGAGGACCAGGCAUUUGUGGAGGGCGUCCAGGAGCAGGUGAACGGGGCUCUGCUGGAGUACACCCUCUCCACCUACCCUCAGUUCCAGGAGAAGUUCAGCCAGCUGGUUGUGCGGCUGCCGGAGCUACGCUCCCUCAGCACGCAGUCUGAGGACUACCUGUGCUACAUGCAUCUGAGUGGAGAGGUGCCCUGCAACAACCUGCUCAUCGAGAUGCUGCACGCCAAGCGAGCGUGCGUGUGAGGGAUACACUCAGGUGGCACGCCCGUCGUGUGUUGUUUCUCUAGGUGAAACUGUGUGUGUGGGAGGGAAAGGGUGAGAGUGAUGAAAGAAAUCUAACGGCGAUAGACAGGUUCAUAUUGGGUCAUCUUCGUGAGGGCUUUUGUUUGAGUUGGAGAGGAGAAAAUGUUUUUUAGAGUUUGGAAUUAUAAAGCUCCAUCUGUACUCAAGGUAGUAACAUUUUGAAUGUUAAUGUUUUCAUAUCCUGCAGAGCUACAUUAAUGUGACCUUUAUAAACUGGAUUUUCUACCUUGUUUUCAAAAAUAUAAAAUUAGAUCUGCCUGUAGAGUUACAUUAUAUCCCUUUUGACAGAAUAUUGCAUGAAUCCAACAUCAUGACAAGAUUCUCUACGUCCCAUAGAGCUGCCCAGCAGUCAUUUAGACUCAGAUCACAGGGCUUCAGCCUGCAUCAGGGCUGAACAGUCAUGCAAACAUUGUGACUGUGGAGGUAUAUGUCCAUAGCUGCAAUCUGCAUUUUUUAAACGUUCAUACUUAAGUAUUGUUCGGAUAUGUAAAACUGUUUCCAACACCACUUGAGGAAUUCUAUUGUAAAAUCUGGUGCUGGGUGGGCUGAUGUUGAACUGUCAUAUUACAUAUGGGACUAUUUGCGUGAAAAACAUCUGUUGAAUAUUUGCUGGGUGAGCUAAUGUGCUCUUUUCAAAACAGAUGUUUUAAAUUGUUCAGAAAUUAGAUUGUAGUGUUAAAUUAGUCGUUUUUGAGCCACAUGUCAGAUGCAAGGUUAUGAUUCCAAGUUCCCCAACACUGUUCCUAGAUAAUUAUAAUUAUAAUUAUUUUUUUAUUUUAUUUUAGAUGAAGAUGGACUUCAGGAUAACACAACACACUGUGGUCUGGUCAGACUAGACUAGUACUGCUCAUCUACACUUGUUCUUUUUUGCCACCAAUGUUAAAAAAAACAAAACUAUUAAAGUUCUAUGGGGUUGAAUAUACUUGUGUUUCAAUCUAUUAAGAUGUUAAUAUAUUGAUAUAUGGAAGUCAGCCAUGUUAAGAAAAACACUUUAUUAUUCAGUUAUUCAUCAUACCCUUACCAAGAAAGAGAAAAUGAAAGGCAGAAAAAGAUUGAUAAGAAAGACGGACACUCCAAGAAAUGGGGAAAAAGAAAAAAGAGGUAGAAUUGUACACAGCGAUGGAUGAAAAAAUAAAAGGAAGCGUGAAGAGUGAGGAGCAGAAAGAGAGUAAAAAAUGACACAUCAAAAUGCAAACGAUAAGCGAGAGAUGAAUGGCAAAGACAGCAUUUUUCCUUCCUUAAAUGUGAAUUACAAAAGGAUGCAUCUGUCAGUGUUUGCCGUUUAGUUUCCACCAAGGAGCCAGACAGAGAAGCCAUAGGGAGGGAAAAGAUGCAUCUGGACACAUUUAGUUUCAAGUUUCUUUGUAAAAUUUGAUUUGUCCAUGGGUAAAUGCCUUUACAAAAAUGAGGGUGUCAUGUUCACAAUCACAUUUGUGUCACAUUUCAACACACUGUACUGUAUGUAUGAUCUGAGUGUGUGCUGAUAGUGAUAUGUUUGGACUGAUGCUGCUGUAGAGAUGGUUUUCAGUAGGCUACCCAUAAUGAAAAUGACUUUCCAAACUCAUACAUUCUGUAAAUAAUGUUAAUGCUUUUUUUUCUUAUUGUCAACAAAUCCCAUGAAAAGACCGAAACCAUCAAUGUGUCAAUACUUUCCGACUACCCGACCCUGUCUGUGGCUCUGUCUCAAGCCCAUUGGAAAAGUGCGUUCUUUUAGGAUUAUUAUUAUUAUUCAACUGCAGUGUUUUGCACAUUUGGUGCAGGAUGGAAGUAGUAAAUGAAAAAUGUGAUUUUGUUCCCCACAAUAUUUGGAACGACCAACAUCAAAUGCCACCAAAACUAAAAGAAGUCUGAUUUCCUCCCCAUCGAUAUUGUGUGUUAGACCAACUCAAAAUAACACUGGAUGCGAAUGAACACCUCCUACUUGAUGUUGUUGUUCAUCUCACCCAGCCACAGUGAACACAACAGCUGUACACAACACACAGGUGAUACACAGUCUGUUUAAUUCACAGUUUCACUGAUGCACAUGUUAAAUAUAAACCAGUGUUAUGAAAAUGUGGUUGGUGUUUGCCUCUGUAACGGGCUGGCCGGCUUUCACUUAGUCACUUUUCUUUAGUACACUGAUUUUACACUUAACUGUAUCACUGUGAACCGACUAGGUUAGCAAUGUGUGCAGUGGGCCCUUUCUGCGGCGCACGGUCCUCAUCAUUCUGCCCUGUCUAUUCAUCCAAAAUGUAUGUGCUGGUUAAAGACUUAAUACUUUGUGUUUGAUUAUUUUACGCACUUAGCUUAUACACAGACUGUGUGUCAGGUGUGUAUGCAUAUGGAUACAAACGAUAGCCAGUACCGACUGCUUCAUCUCCCAGAUCAGCAACAUGAACAUUAGCCAUUAUUGUUAUAUUUUGAUGUUUUGAUGGCUGUUCAUCAUGUUUUUUUUUAGGGUUGCAUCUACCCCUUUAUAAUUGUGUUCAUACAAAGUGCAGAAUAUUGACAUAGAAACCAGGGUCGGCGUCCUAAAUUACAAGUGUGGUUAGGCCAAUAUUGGGGUUAAGCUUAGGAGAAGAUCAGGAUUCUGGUUUAAUUUGGGAAAAAUAAAUAUCCCAUCUCUUGCUGGAAGCCAGAUUUACUUUCUCAAAGUGUUGUCACAGGGAGAGAGUGGACGCAGAUCUGUAAACGGAUGAAUGGCUAGUUAGCUAGGUAGCUUGACCUUCCUUGUAGCAGCGAGGAGUGAGGCCGAGGGUAUGGUAGACCCAGCCCGCUGUUCAGCUCAUUUUUUGUUACCAGUGUAGCAUUAAAGCAAGGUGGGCUUAGCAAGCUAACUAACCAACCAGCUGUUUGCCAGUUAGCUAGCUCUAGCUAGCUUGCUAAUUUCACCACACAAAGUUGUCACUCAUCUGGCAAUAGCAAUGUGCUUUCCUACGCUGUGAGAAGAGUGUGUGGAUGAAGUAUUACAUUUUGAAUUUUACUCUGAUUCUCUACAUUUGGUAAUGUUACUGCUCCACUUCUCGUUUUAGUCCAAACCACACCUCAGUGAGUCAGCGACUUGACGGUUUAGUUUACACAGAAGUUAGUUGCUACGACGCUAGCAAUGGCAACACACACAUGAUCAUCUUGCAAUGUUGAAUGAAAUGGGAGUGUACAUUCUACUCCUAUUCUAUCUCUAUAGGUGAAACAAGUUGUUCAUGUUCAUGUUAGCCGAUUUUUGUUUGGAAGAGUUUUUUUGUUUAGGUUGGCCCUUAACAAUCAGUAGCGAGAGACAUAUCCAUCCUGCCCACAUCAUAUUUAGUCAACACAGAAGCUUCCAGAGAGUCAGAGAGGUGGAACACAUUUAUGAUCAUUUUUAUUUAUUUAAGUUGCUAAAAGUCAACUUAAAUCAGCAACCUCUACAGUUGCCCCAAUAUUGGCCACACCUGGCCUUUUUUAUUUUUUAUUAAGAUUUUCUUUAUUAUUUGACCGACGUAUGUCCCCUAUAAAUAAUAAGUUAAAUAUAUGUGUUUAUUACAGAAAUUUGUUCUCAAGUUGAUGAGUGUAAACAUUAUGGGUCAGUAAUACUCUCCACUAAGAGAAUAUUUUACAUAUUCCUGCAUAUUUUAUAUAUUUUUAACAAAAUAUCUCAAAAUAAACCACACUGCAGGCCUUAUACACAGUGUCAGAAACCUCAACACUGUACUGUGUAUUUGUAGCAGUCAGUGAUUUAUCUGUUGCACUUACUAUGUUGAAAAGUACUACUAAUGUUUUUCACACAAACUGAACUCCCGGAUUUCUGAAAAGUUACACACUCUAUCUAUCAACAACUGAAAAACAAAGACGCAGCCAAAGCAAUGUUUGAAAUAUUGUGCAGCUCAACUUUCUCACUGUGGACAUUUAAAAUCAUUCCUUGUUCAUGCAUUUCAAGGUAUCGUAGACAAUCACUCCGCCUGCCUUAACUUAAUGUCUGCCUGCAAAACAUGCACACAUACCUUGGUUUUCCAGUUGAGAUAGCUGUGUGUUAUCACUCUGUACAGUAUAUUUAUGUUGUGAAGUGACUAUCUACUGCAAGAUGAAGAUACAUUUCAACCGAAAAAGUUCUCCGCUUUAUGUUGAGGCCAAAUCGUUAGUGUUGUGGAACUGAUUCUCUUGAUAUUGCCUUUGUUUUUGCUCUUCGUUCACUUUUUUAUUUUCUUGUGAGUUGACAGUCCCGUCUUAAACUGAAGUGUUUUUUCUCCCAAAAGAGAAAGUGACCAAAACCUUCUUUCUUUAAAUAUAUUUUAUUGUAAUAGCAUCAAACCAAUAAAUUUCAGUGAAGUA